AUGGAAGUCGACGCAGAAACCCUCUUCAACGCCCUCGGAAAGCGCCACGAAGACGCCUAUGCUGAUAGCCCCGGGCUUGUCCAAGUCACUGAAUAUGUGUUGAGCAAGCUUUCACGCGGUAGCCAUGUCCUUGACGUGGGUUGCGGAACCGGCAAACCGGUCGCUGCAGCGCUCGCAUCCGCUGGUCACGCCGUCUACGGCAUUGACGUUGCUGAGAACAUGGUGAAAAUAGCAGGCAGUCAAGUUCCAGGAACGUUUUCGAAAGCCGAUAUGCGAACGUAUACUCCUCCAGUCAAAAUGGACGCUGUCUUUGCCGUCUACUCGCUCUUCCAGAUCUCACCAAGCGAUGUCCAUAAAGUGGUGUAUCGGUUCGCCGAGUGGUUGAAGGAGGAUGGGAUACUGGUACUUGGUGUGGCGCCUUCCUCGGCCCUUACGGCAAGAAAUGGCGUACAUGACCCCGUCUGGGAUUGUGUGAGAACUGAACAGACGUGGAUGGAGAGGCCGGUGUACGAGCUGUACUUUUCCCAGACGGCUUGGCUGAAUGUGCUGCGCGAAGCAGGUUUUGUCAUUGAGUUGGAGAGGAUGUUCGACUACAUACCUAACGAUCCCAAGCAUACGCGGCUUGAGACUCAUUAUUUGAUUGUCGGGAGGAAAUGGGAGCCACACCCGUUGCUGGGACCGUAUCCUUUGCCUGAUGGCCGUCGAGGGAAAUCAAUGCGCAACGAGUCGGCUUGGGGACAGCUGCAGGGGCAUCUACGCGUGACGAAUGAUGAGAGGACAAAGCUGUCCUCUGUGCUGGAGGUCCAUCAAAGGGUAUUGGAUAUUGGUGGUGCACUGAAAGACUUCCUUGGUCAGGAAUCAGCAAGGAACAAGUUGGUGGAGACUUUGCCUAGCGCUUUGAUUAAUUUGCUAUACCCAGAUGCCCGAUUUGAAGCGGUCAUUGCAACCUUGAUUCUCGACUACAUUGAUGAUCUCCGCGGUUUCUUGCUAGAAGUGGUCCGCGUGGUUAACAAGUCCUCAUCGAAUGCGCGGGUCAUUCUGAUCCAAGGGGCACCAUAUAAUGAGGUCCACAAAUUGAUGAAUACAAUGUGUACUCCAUUGAGCGGGAAGAACGCAGGACCUGCGCAUCAAGGAUUGCUCCUCCAUUCCGCCAGCAAGAUACUGGCCGAGAUGGGAUUCGGAAGGACUUCCCUCCACCCUCUCAGCACUUCGUAUUCCUUUAACGAGGAUAGUUCAUCCGAUCGGAGCAACAAACUCGCCGAGAUGUUCCAAAAUGUCUGGUUCACUGGCGAGGAAAAGUACGAGCAGAUGAAGCAGCAGCUGGUCUUUCCGAUAGAGAAUCUCCUGCAUGACCAUCCCGGCUUCAUCCAGAACGAUUUAGUGAUCAUGGAAGCCGUACCGGAUGGCAACUAA